AUGGACAACUGUGGCGUGACUUCGGUCCUGAACUUCCGUGACGUCGGUUCCACGGUGAACAGCUAUCUUGGACGCAAGAAACGCCUGCGGGAUGACCUGGGCAUCAAGGCGGUGAUUGACCUGCGCACCAAGACCGAACACGUCAGGCAGGCCAAAAAGCGCCAGGCCGAUCUCCAGAUUCCCGCGCUCCUGCAGUCCAACGCUGCACUGGCUGAGCCGAUCCAGAUAUCGGGCCUAAAGUAUCACGAGAUCAGAGUCACUGGCGGCAACUUUGAGCGGUUUCUGAUAUCGCAGGUCUCUUGGGGCGGAUUCAUCCGUCUCAUCUUCCUGUUCAUCUUCGGCUAUCGCAAUGAGGGUAUCUCUAUUCUAUCCCGCGAGGUUAUGCUGCCACGUGGCCUGGUAGGUCUGGGUCUCGACACCCUUGACCAAUCCGGACCCGAGGUUGCCAAGGCCCUCAAAGUCUUCCUCGACCCUGCAGGCUCGCCCACGUUGGUGCACUGCACCCAAGGCAAGGACAGAACAGGGCUCAUCGUAACUCUCGUGCUGCUGAUCCUCAAUGUGCCUCUCGAAGCCAUUGAACAUGAUUAUUCUUUGACGCAGGGAGCGCUCGAGUCCGAGAGGGAGGAGAGGUUGAUCGAGAUGAGAGAGAUCGGUUUGACGGAUGAGUGGUUCGACACGGCACCGGACAUGAUCGCCAGAAUCGCUCUGCACCUCGACAGCGUCUAUGGUGGAGUCGAUAAUUACUUGGACAAGAUCGGGUUUGACCAGGAUGACCGUCGGAGACUGAGGGAACGUCUGCUAUGCUAG